GCCAAUAAAAGUGCCUUUAAUUCGAUCUGAUCGAAAGGUAAUUUUUUAAUUGAUGCAAAUCACAACUCUUGAGUGAUUAUCGAAAUUCGGUAGCGUGAACACGUCAAUCGAUAGCCGUACGCAGGAAAACGGUGAACUCUAAAGGAUAAUCAACUCAUAUAAAUAUUUGACUUAAUUCUCAUUUACAAGCAAAUAUAUAUAACUUGGAAAAAUGACUGAGGCUGAAUACGAUAAGGAGCAGCUGAGAAUCAUGCGCAAUGCCUUCAAGGCGUUCGAUCACGAUGAGCGUGGAUAUAUCGAAUACAAGGAUGUGCAGACCAUUGUCGAAAUACUCGGCCAAAAGCUGGAUGAUAAAGCCAUAAAAGCCUUAAUUAAGGAGGUAGACAAAGCAAAUUCGGGCAAAUUAGAUUUUUCACAAUUCUGCAAAUUAGCUGCGCGCUUCGUUGAAGUCGAAGACGAUGCGCCCGCCUUGGUUAGUGAAUUGAAGGAAGCGUUUCGCGUUUACGAUAAGGAGGGCAAGGGUUAUCUCACAGUACAGGUACUUCGUGACAUUCUACGUGAAUUGGAUGAUAAGCUAUCGGCCAGCGAUUUGGACAUGAUCAUCGAGGAAAUUGAUGCGGACGGUUCGGGUACCGUUGACUUCGAUGAAUUCUUGCAAGUGAUGACAGGUUAAACUACGUUUCUAGUUUUUGAGGUACAAAGAGUCUUAAGUGUCACCGUUGUGUUGCAGCAAUGAAGAAAGUUUUCGUAUUCUAAUUAAUUUACUAUAAACAAAAAUUUUGUUGUUAGAAAUUUCAUUUGUUGUUGGACUUGAGUUUAAUACAUUUUUUCCCAUUAUAUAAAA